UUAAACUAAGGCCACAUACCCAAAUCUUUACUCGUUUAUCGCGAAUACUAAUAUUUAUUCAUCGAAUUAUUCGAAGUGAUAAAAUAAGUCAAUUCGGUUUCAGAAUCGCCAGCAUUCUACCCCGUUCAAUAUUCUUUACAAUUUUUCUCCAUUGACGUUUUCCUGCUUUGCUUCAACAGAUGCCGGAGAGCAUAUUUUAUCCCGCAAACUACAUAGUGAUGGCGGAGGCAGAGCCUGAUCUUUCUACCUUCGAGAACAAGACAGGUCUCGCGGAGGAUAUGAAAUUUUUGGCCUCCAUGCCUGAACUUUGUGAUGUCACUUUUCUGGUUGGUGAUACCAGAGAGCCGGUCUGCGCUGUUAAAGCAGUGCUUGCUGCCAGGUCCAGAGUUUUCCACAAAAUGCUGUACCAGGCUCCAAGUCCUCAACGUAAAAAAGAACCCCAACCACGUGAGAACAAGCUGAGGCUUUUCCUAAAGAGAUCGUCUGAACCUCUGCUCAAUCUGCAAAAUGCCUCUCAACAGAGGUCAGGGUUUACACAGCAGUUGACUCCAAUACAAGAGCCCACAAGCCAGCAACAUCAAACACUGAUUAUAGAAGAAUUUGAACCAGACGUAUUCCGGCAGUUGAUAGAAUACAUUCACACUGGAUGUGUUACUCUUCAACCAAGAACUUUGCUGGGCGUAAUGAAUGCCGCUGAUUAUUAUGGGUUGGAUGAACUUCGAAGGGCAUGUGCAGGUUUUGUACAGUGCUGUAUCAAUGUGGAUACUGUGUGUGCCCUUUUGGCCUCUGCCGAGCGGUACAUCCAGUACAAAUGCACGAAAUCUCUAGUUCAAAAGGUGCUUGAGUUCGUAGAUGAGCACGGCAAUGAAGUUCUGAACUUGGGAUCUUUCACCCUGCUACCCCAACAUGUCGUCCGUUUGAUUUUGGCCCGAGACGAACUUCAAGCAGAUGAGUUCACGAAGUUUCAAGCUGCGCUUAUGUGGGGCAAAAAGUACUGCGAUAACAAUCCCAAUCCGAAUCUGAAGGAAGUGAUAGCGAAUUUUCUGGAAUACAUUCAGUUCCACAAAAUUCCCGCCAACGUGUUGAUGAGAGAAGUACAUCCAUUGGGUUUGGUACCAUACCACAUAAUAAUGAACGCUUUGGCCUAUCAGGCAGACCCAGCAAGUGUCGACCCCGGAAAGCUAUCACCCAAUAGAAUGAGACGUCAAAGUCAAGGCAGGUCGAUGUCAGUUCAGUCAAGUUUGGAUCCUUACGGUUCGAGGACAACGCUGAGCAGCAGCGGCUCCAGCGAGCUGGCCUCUUCGGAUGGAAAGCAUUCUUCCAACUAACAUACGGCCCCUUCCCCCGCCCAAUUGCCAUCCGUCAAUCCGCCUAUCCAACCACCCACCGUAACAGUGUCUUCCUCUUCUCCAAGCUCAACGCCUUACUCGUCUCCAGCUCAUUCCUUCACCUUCACCAUUGUGCUCAAAAAGAUAACGCCGAUCGAAUAGCAUUGCGAAACUUUGCAAGAGGAAACUUUCAACGAAAGACAAGGUGAGGAGUCGAGGGAGACGC